AUGGGUCUUUCUCAAGUCGGUGAAUCAUACGAGAACGACGGAAACUUCUCUGAAAUCAGCCUUCUUGACACCCAGAAGGGCGGUGAUGUCUCACGCCUCGAGAACUUCCGCUGCAGCCACCCUGAUGGUACCUUGACCAGGAGCGGAACGACUGUCAAGGCCAUUGUCGGAGAAGAGCAUCUCGCUCUUGACAGCAACCGGACUUUUCGCAUGAUCUACUCCAAGGGAAGCGGCAACCAGAUCCUCUCUCGUCUGGAGAUGCGCGAGUUCUACGAUGAAGAUGGCAGUUACAUCUGCACCAUCCGUAACAUUGAUGGCAAUGACCCAGCAUUUGGCACUGCCAUGAUCUCGACUGUCAAGCCCAUUGACAACGCCAUUUCCAUUAACUACAAGAUUGUAGUUCCGGGCCCGGUUCGCAAGCAGUACAUAUACUCGCCCAACACCACCACAGUCCAGGAUCAAGCCAAGGGUCUCGUCGAUCUUGCAAAGGUUGGCGACUUGGACACGGACACGGCGCUCGACUUUCAACUCGCUCUCGAAGGCGACAACACCGAGCCCAUGGAUAAACUUGCCCAAUGGGCUGCCGGUGUCCGCGACCAGUACCCCUUGUGGUCCAAGAAUGUCGUGUCGUACUUGCGCAUGGGCGAUUUCCGCGACAAGCGCAUCCACAACGGCACCAACCUCACGGGCGACCACACGUUGCUGGCCUCGGAAUUCGUCCCAUUGAGCAACUACCGCGUGUCGCUCGUCACGUCAGGCAAAAUCUUCGACCUGGCAAUGGCGGGUGGUGCCCAUGAGACGCAUCUCCAAACGCCACUCCUCAUCGACAGCAAGCCCGGUAAUUACUCGCCGUUCCUCCUGGCUUACGGACACAACAUCGUCUUGACCCAGCUGGGUAUUGAUAAGGUGCACAGUGAUUACUCUGGCGUGCCAAUGAAAAUUGCGCCGGGCAGCAGGAUGGAGAAUGGAGCCAAGCCUGUGGUAGACUCGACGAACUUGAAUCGUUCCCUAGCGCUCGUGUCUGCGUUUUUCUACGCGCCGGACGCGCUUCACUCGAUUGUUAACACCACGCCGAAGAUUUUGGCUUUUGGUGGACAGAAGAAAUUCAAGGCUGUACUGCCGUCCCGCACCUAA